AUGGCAACAUUCAAGCAGAACGAAAUCACCCUUCCCAGCUGGGUCAACGAUGUCGUCGCAGGCACCGUUGGUGGAUGGGCCCAGGUCGUCUCAGGACAUCCUUUCGAUACCCUCAAGGUCCGCUUGCAGACUCAACCCAACCCACCAAAGUACAACGGCGCCAUGGAUUGUCUCCGCAUGACACUCAAGGAGGAAGGCCCUGCUGGACUAUACAAGGGAGUUACUUCCCCAUUGAUGGGCAUCGGUAUCUGCAAUGCGGUCAUGUUUGCCGCUAACGGAACCUUUAGACGCUGGUUCCAGGGAGGCGAUGAGACCAAGUCUCUUUCUAUCUUCCAGAUUGGUUGCGCUGGUUCGAUGGCUGGAGGAGUGAUGGCCUUUGUGAACUGCCCCGUCGAGUUGCUCAAGGUCAAGCUCCAGACCCAGUAUAAGCCUGCCGCUGGAGCCAUCCCCCUCCCCGGCGCCGUUAAGCCCUAUACAGGAGUGUUGGAUGCAGGCAUCCGUACGUUCCGUCAACAGGGCUUGAAGGGUCUUUACCGUGGCAUGGAUAUCACCCUCAUGCGUGAUGUCCCCUCCUACUUCACAUACUUUGUCACAUACGAGGGAACAAAGCGGAUAUUGGCUCACUUCAACCACGAUGGCCGCGUCGAAUCCCUCUCAACCCCCGAACUCCUCCUCGCCGGAGGACUCGCCGGUUUCGGAGCCUGGGUCCCCUGUUACCCCCAGGACGUUAUCAAAUCCCGCAUGCAGUCCAACCUCUCCUACAAGUCGACUUUGGAAUGCUUCCGAUCUUUGCAGGUUGAGGCCAGGGGCGGUAACUGGAAGGUCUGGUUCAAGGGCUUUGGACCAACCAUGGCGCGUGCCUUCCCUGCCAAUGCGGCCACGUUCUUCUUUUAUGAGAUGACUAUGAAGUUUAUGCGUGGCGAGUAA